CACCGUUUUCCCUUCUUUUCGCCAAAAAUUUGUGACCGUGUUGUCAAUUUUUCAGCGUUUUGAUAGGCCUGGCAUUUUGUUUAGAACAGCAAGGGAUAAAACUUCGAAAAUGUACGGCGGAGACGACUACGGAAACAAUGCGGAGUACUACGAUGAGUACGCGCACACUGGGGACCCGCAGCUGGACAUGGAGUACGAGCGUAACUACUACGCCAGCCGGAUGCCGGAGAACGUCAAGUACUUCUUGAUCAACUUCUGCCAGGCGAUCAAGGAGGGAAACCUGUACGACAUCCAGAACAUGUACGAGAACACGUUCCCGCAGAUUAGCGACCACCACUUCGACAAGACGGCAUGGCCCGAUGAGCAGGAGGUGGGACCCAUUGUGGACAACGACAAGGUCUUCCUGAUCCUGUACAAGGAGCUGUACUACCGUCACAUCCAUGCCCGCAUUCCUGGCGGACCCAAGCUGGAUCAGCGCAUCAACUCGUUCUUCAACUACUGCGACUUCUUCAACCUGAUCAUCUCGGCCCAGAACCCAGUGAUGCUCGAGCUGCCCGACAUCUGGCUGUGGGAGUUGGUGGAUGAGUUUGUCUACCAGUUCCAGAACUUUGCCCAAUACCGCGCCCGCUUGACUGACAAGUCUCAGGAUGAGAUCCAACAGUUGUGCGUGAACCACAGCAACGUGUGGAGCAUUCUCUGCAUCUUGAACGUGCUCCACUCCCUGGUGGACAUUUCCAACAUUAAGAAGCAGCUGGAGGCCAUCUCCCAGGGUGCCGAUCCCCAGACCGUCGCUGGGGACUUUGGUAAGCUCUCGUUCUACAAGAUGCUGGGAUAUUUCUCGCUUGUGGGACUGCUGCGCGUGCACUCCCUGCUUGGAGACUACUACCAGGCCAUCAAGGUGCUGGAGCCCAUUGAGAUCCACAAGAAAUCGGCCUACUCGCACAUCCCCGCCUGCCAGAUCUCCACGUCCUACUACGUGGGCUUCGCCUACAUGAUGAUGCGCCGCUAUGCCGAUGCCAUCCGCACCUUCUCGGACAUCCUGCUGUACAUUCAGCGCACUAAGCAGCUGUACAGCACUCGCUCCUACCAGAACGACCAGAUCAACAAGCAGGCGGAGCAGAUGUACCACCUGUUGGCCAUAUGUCUGGUGUUGCAUCCUCAGUGCAUCGACGAGUCCAUCCAGCAGGUGCUGCGAGAGAAGAACUACCAUGAUGCCAUGUUCAAGAUGCAGUGCGGUGAUUUGGAUGUCUUCAAGUCCUUCUUUGUCUUUGCCUGCCCCCGAUUCGUGAGCCCAUGCCCGCCAGCCGCCGAUGCUCCCAUGGAGGACUACGUCAAGGACCCCAUGGAGCACCAGCUGAUGGUGUUCAUGGACGAAGUGCGCCAGCAAAAGGAUUUGCCCACCACGCGUUCAUAUCUGAAGCUGUACACCACCCUGCCGCUGGCCAAGCUGGCCUCCUUUAUCGAUCCCAACGCCAGCGAGGAUGAUGUGUCCAAGCUGUUGAUCCGCCUGCUCUGCUUCAAGCACAAGAUGCGCAACCUGGUGUGGAGCAAGGGUCCCAGUGGUCUGGAAGGCGCCUUUAAAUCGGGAUCUGAGCUGGACUUUUACAUCGACGAUGACAUGAUUCACAUUGCUGACACCAAGGUAUCGCACCGGUAUGGCGACUUCUUUGUACGUAAGAUCCUCAAGUUCAACGAUCUGAACCGAAAGCUGAAGAAAAUCAACAUUUAAGCCGACUACUUGUGACCCUUUAAGAUCUAUUUAAUAUUCCAAUCCGGACCGAUGUUUAUGUCAAUAAAAUACUCUGCGCCGACUAUGCGCAGGUAUGGUCCACAAGA